AUGCCCACCCCGUUGGACAAUGUGAUGAAGUCAAAGAACAUGGUGCUUGCAUUUGGAGGCGCCGUUGUAGCGGCCGCCGUAUGGACAAUCUGGGGCACGAGCAUGUUUCCCGCAGAAUUAGACCCCAAGGGCGACCCUGAGACUUGGACACGAGAAGAAAUGCAAAGGUGGUUGGCAGCUAGAAACCUCUUCCCUGGCGAAAGCGACACCAGAGAACAAUUGCUAGGACGGGUAAAGACCAACAUGAGAAUCGGGAGAGAACAAGGAUGA